AUGUUGCUCGACAGGUUUCACCGGAAAUUCUACCAUUCGAGGCAUAGGAGCAGCGGGAAUGCUGUGAAUCAGGACGAUGGUUCGAAGGAUGAGGAUGAGGACGUGCUGAUGGAUGUGGAAGUGCAGCAGCCGGUUCCCAUGUCGAUUUGUGGUCAGGGAUGUCGGUUUGAAGAGACAGGAGAGAUGGUAUACGUGGAUCCCGGUGUGCAGACACCUGUGGCAACCACGCCCGUUGGUUACGGCGGUAGGCAGGACGUGCCAGACGGGUUGACUGGUCCAUUCCCACCUUACUUGCAAAUGCAGGACCGUCAGAAUAGUGUGAGUUCGUUGGCGAGCUCGAUAUCAGAUUUUCAUGGUGGGCUAAGACAGCAGGCCUUUGCAAAUGCUGCCGUUAGCGGAUCGGGAAAUUUUACACCUCAGUUCAUGGCUUUACUCAUGGAGGUUUACCAGAAUGUAUAUUGUGAUCCUACAGUGACACCCUUUGAUACGACAAAUCCUCCAUCAGCAAUCUUGAAUAGGACUGCUAAGAUCGCUUUGGAGCAGUGUAAGAUUCGUGAGGUAGAGAUUGGGUGCGAACGCAAUAGCUGGCUUCUAACGCUCGUAAGACGUCGAUUGCUUGAGGAAGUACGCAAAGACGGGUACCUCUCACGCACCAACUCGAAUGUUUCGCUGCCACCACCACCUCCACAAUUCAUGGAAAUGAUGUACAAUAGUACUUUCCAAUCUUCAAAGCCUUCAACACCGGACUGUUCAACCAAAGGUUCACAGGACUAUUUUGGUAAUAUGCUUACGACGAAUAAUAGGAGCGGGCUGAUGCGCAGCAGAAGUAACUCUUCACAGGUUCUUCUUGCAAGAACCCGUUCCAACAGCAAUGGACUGUUUGCAUUGACACCCACGUCUUCUGAGACUGGUCUGGCACCUGGUUUUAACGGUACGGGACUCACUAUAAAUAUUAACCAUACUAACCUGCUCUCCAGACAACGAAGUAAUACAGCUACGGGCAGUCCAGCUACCACUCCUGUAACAGCGUGUUGUAACCAGUCGCAAAUGGAUGAAUCGGUCUUCUCAGAGACCCUGAGGAAGAAGAGAGACGCACUGAGGCUCAAGAGAUAG